AUGGCGCAAAAAGUCCCCAAUUUUACCCGUAAAGUACUCCGGGUUGUUUGCCUCUUGGCGCUGGCCUGUGUCCACCUGAUGCACCCGCAAGGUGUGGCCGGUUUUGAGUUGACCAUCAUACAUACCAACGAUGUCCGGGCCCGAUUCGAGCCCAUCAGCGCAUCGGGCGGGGAAUGCACCGCUGAGCUGGAGGCACAGGGGACUUGCUUCGGGGGGCUGGCCCGACGAGCUGCCAAGAUCGAGGAUAUACGAGAAGCCAGCGAGAACGUCUUGCUGCUGGAUGCAGGCCACCAAUUCCAAGGAAGUAUGUGGUUCUACGUGUACAGGGGCUUGGCAGCGGCACACUUCAUGAACAGGCUCUCUUACGAUGCCAUGGCUAUCGGACAGCACGAGUUCGACUUCGGGGUAGCAGGCUUGGCCAGAUUCAUCCAGAAUCUCACAUUUCCAGUGAUAGCCAGUAACAUCGAUACAUCCAGAGAACCCAAUCUUGAUGGUUUACUAUCCAAACACCAUGUUGUCCGAUUCGCAAACGGGCAGAGAGUCGGCAUCGUUGGAUACAGUUACGCAGAAACGCCAAAUAUCGCAAACACUGGUAACCUAGCGUUUAUAGACGAGGUGGAAGGACUGCAGCCGGCUGUGGACAGCCUGAUUUCCUCAGGUAUCAACCAGAUCGUUGCAGUUGGGCAUUCCGGGUACGACAAGGCGCUGGACAUCGCUAGCAGACUGGUCGGCGUGGACGUGGUGGUUAGUGGCCGUGACUCGACCCUCCUCUACACUGGUGAGAAGCCCUCUACUGAGACACCUAGAGGUGACUUCCCCACAGUGGUUCACCCAGCCCACGACCCAACGGCAACCGUGCUGGUGGUCCAAGCGUGGCAGUAUGGCAAAUAUCUGGGCAAUUUGAGUGUCUCGUUUGACGAUGAGGGCGCUGUGACGGGAUUUGGCGGGAACACCAUCCUGUUGGAUGACAGUGUGGAAGAAGACGAGGACAUUUUGGAAGAGAUGGAGCCCUGGAGAGACCACGUGACCGAAGUAGCCAAUCAGGUCGUCGGGCAGACGACUGUCGACCUAGAUAUUGCAGCUUGCACCUCUGCCGAAUGUGCUUUAGGAAAUCUUGUGGCAGACGCUAUGCUGUUCCCAAACUUGAACACAUCGGAUGGUUGGAGUGACGUCGGCAUUAGCAUCACCACUACCGGAAGUAUGGCUUCGUCUGCGGACAUCGGGGAUAUAACGACCGCAUCAAUCAACAAAAUAAUACCAUAUGGGGACACUAUAGACGUGAUUGAGCUGCAAGGCAGGUACCUGCUUGAAGCGCUGGAAAACUCGGUAUAUGAAUGGGAUGAAGCCAAAAUAAACUACCAAAUGAUGCAAAUGGCUGGAAUGCGCGUGGUGUACGACGUGUCCCGCCCGCCCGGUCAGCGCGUAGUGUCAGCGGACGUACGCUGCGCAAACUGCCCGGUGCCCGUCUACCAAAAACUGCGUCCGGAUGCUGUCUACAAAGUCGUGGUCAACAGCUACAUAGAGCAAGGGAAAUACGGGUACUCGUCCUUCUUGGACAAGACAAGCGUCCGAAGGGGUGGUUUGGAUGCAGACAUUUUGAGAGACUACCUCCAGACGUAUUCACCCAUUUCUCACAGCGUUGAGAUAGGGCGUCAAUUUAUCUACAACGGCGAUGCGCCUUGCUACACCGACGUGAAGUCCUCGGGAAAUACUGUAAAAGCUAGGGACAGGUGGUUAUUUGUAAUGACAUGGUUCAUGUCUCUACGAUUGAUACAAUAUUAUGGGUAAACAUUGAUGGGAAGAAAGUACCGGUGUGGACAUGAUUGAAGGCGUUGUAUACACUCUUAAAAUUCCCGGGUAAGACCCGACCCCGGUCCGGGUCACGUCAGAUUUGAUCCGACACUUUUCCGGGUCAAAAUGACACUUCUCCGAGUCGCUUUUCAACACUGGUCCAUAGUCCGGGAAAGGGUCGUGUCAAUUUCACCCAAAAAAAGUGUUCACUUUACUCGAAAAAUUAUUGUCGUUUUGAGCCCAGAGGAGUGACAGGUCGAAUCUGACCCGGAUUCAGGGUCGAAUCUGAGCCCGGCUUUUUCAUGAGUGUAAACCUUGUUCACAGUUUCGGAUUAAAAUUCAAGUUAAAGUUUUUCUUUUUAUGUGUUCGCGUU